AUGAAGGAGUGGUACAAGUGGUGGUUCUGCGUCGCCGCGGUGCUGGCGGUGCUCGCGCACUGCGCGUCUCCCGUCGCGGCGACGUACUACGGCACUUACUGCGUCGAACCGGCGGUGUGGUACGACGUGGACGGCGUGUGCGUGUAUCCCGGAACCCCGCAGUACACCGUCGUGGUCAACCGCCCGGGGUACGUCGGCGCGGGCGCCGUCGGUUUCGCCGCGGGGAAGGCGUCGAACUACCGCCCGAACUACGGCCGUCCCGAUCGCCCCGGAGGUCCGGGCGGCGACCGUCCCGGUCGCGGCUCGGGGGGACCGAGCACGAGGCCGAGCGCCGGUCGCGGCGGCGGAAGCGUCGGCGGCGGUGGCCGCGGCGGCGGCGGCCGCGGCGGCGGCGGCCGCGGCGGUGGCGGCCGCGGCGGCGGCGGCCGCAGAGGCUGA